CAACCCUAAAGAAGAGGCGCCGGUAGAAAAUGGCACGCAAUAACCACAUGUACAACGCAAUACCCGCCGGCCUGGAGUCGGACGAAGAGGAGAUGGAAUACCUUAUGACCAACCUGAAGAUUAAGCGGUUGGAGGAUAUCACAACAGGUGCUGGGAUCAACGGGCGAGACUUCGACGCCACAUUGGACGCGGAAGCGGAGAAGUUCUUUAAAUUAUUCCGCGAGAAGUGGAACAUGUACAGCAAGAAAAAGUCGCCCCAUCUGCGCCAGGAAUUUGGAAAGGCCCUUAUUGGUCACCAGGAACCUCUCCUGCUGGCCCUUAAGAUAUUCGCCAACUGUCCGGACAGUAGCAACAUUAAAAUUAAGAGCCUGUCACAUUUUGUGCUGGACACAGUGUGCAAGCUCCACGAGGAGUACCCCCAUCUCAGUCAGGGAUGUGAUCCCAACACAAGCAUGAUAGCCUUUAAUUUUGUAAAGACCUCCGGCUUGCUAUCCCUUAACAAAGCUGUAAUCUAUGCCUACGGGCUGAGCGAGAUCCGGGACCUUUUGCUGCCCAAGUUGCGCGAACUCCUGGACGGCGGCCUUUACAAGGAAGUCACUCAAUGGUCCAUUAGCCUGCAGCUGACACAUGAGUUCGAUAUGAUGGAGCUGGCCUUUCCGCUAGUUGCCAUGGAGAAUUUACCCCUCGCAGAAGAAUAUCUGGACCACGCCACUCAGCAUCGUCUGCCCUUCGUAAAGUUCUUGGACUCGCUGCUGCACAAAGAAAAGUCAGUCAUAGAGCUUUGCGAGCACCUGCUGGAUCGAUACAAGAAUUUGAAAAUCUCGCAUCAUAUGCUAAGCUAUAGGCCCAUGGCUAAGAUAGUGGCGCGUCUGGCCAAAAAGUACGGUUUUGAUGAUGAUGUCACUCCCAACUACAAGUUUACUAAGACGGGCGGCUACCUUAAAUACCUUUAUCGCGAGUACGAAAAGGCGCGCAUCAACCUGGCUAGUUUUCGGGAACUAGUGAGCGUACAUGCCUAUGAUUAUACCCUGCGGAAGGACUUUGUGGACCAUAUUGCCUUAACGGGGGCUCAUUUAGAGGCCAUCUACUGGUACAAGGAGUUUAAUAUAAAUCCAAAGGAUUGUCCCCUGGAGAUUAAGACGCAGGUCUUGCAAAGUAUCGAUGGAAAAGCGGCAGACUGGGAAUCCACCAGCGAGGAUAGCUGUUCGGCGAGCGGCUGUGAUAUGUACCUGACCAUGGACCUGCCGGACGAGUGCCUUAUCAUUGUGGACAAGGCUGCACAGUUUGAUUGCAUGUUGUACCAAUUGCAGCAGGAGCAAAUAAUCUUCUUGGAUUCUGAGUGGAUGAUGAGUGUGCGCGGAGACAGUCAGCUUUGCGUGCUACAGAUCGCUACCGGCCACAAUGUAUACCUGAUCGAUUGCCUAGCGAAGGAGAGUCUGCGAUCGGAGCACUGGCGACUGCUGGGCGCAAACAUAUUCAACAACGUUAACAUUCGCAAAGUGGGCUUCUCCAUGGACAGCGAUCUCAAUGUGUUGCAGCGCUCACUGCCACUGCAAUUACGCCUUCAAAUGCCUCACCACUACUUAGACCUGCGCAACCUCUGGCUAGAGCUGAAGAAGCAGCGUUUCGGCGUAGAGCUUCCAUAUGGAAAUGUGAACCGGACCGGAGACGCCCUUACGGAUCUAUCAUUGACAUGCCUCGGCAAGAAGCUGAACAAGUCAAACCAGUGUUCCAACUGGGCCAAUCGACCGCUGCGCCGCGAGCAAAUUCUCUAUGCCGCAAUCGACGCGCGCUGUUUGCUACUGAUAUAUAACACGCUGCUUGCCCGAGUUUCCUCCAUUCACGUAGCAAUCGAGAAGAGUAUUGCCAGCAAUAAUUUCCUCAGGCGUGGAGCCAACGUUAAGUGAUAGAUGAGUUGCACCCGGAUAUAGUCAAGCACUCCCUUAGACGGAUAACGAUUCUCAUGUAGACGACGACAAAGGCGUUUGCCCAACGUAAAUUAAGUUCAAAAGUUACAGUUGAAAAGAGUAUUUAACGUAUAUUUAGUACACAACUAGCAAGGCAGAUUGGUUUAAUUCAGGUAGGACACAUGUUACAAAUCAAAAGCAAAUAAUGUGACUGAAAACCGAUGAAGAAAUAAUGAAUUUUAUUAUUAUAUGAUUUUUUGUUGCUCACUGUACAUACCUUAUACACCACACACUUAUAUUAUUCCAAUUCACAAAGUACGUGUAUUAAUUUGUAUUUUCUGUUAUGGCCGUAAAACGAGUCUUUUAUUUACCCUAACACAUAAUCAAAACGGAAUAAAAGCAAUGAAUAGAA